AACCCCUGGGCCCACUGCGGGUUCAUGUUCAGCCGCUGUACCCUGCAGCCCCCUCCGACACACCUCGCAGGCGGCUGUGAAUUCAUUAAGGGUAGAAUGAACCCCCUCAUCCAUGGUUUGGGCUUUUUCAGAAGCGUGUACACAGCAGGUGCUGCUCUUGCCCUUUAAACCUCGCCGCCGUCAGGUUUUUCCCCGCCCAGCGCCCGGGCCGUCCCCGCGCGUUGCCGGGCAGCGGGGCCGCGGAGCGGGGCAGGAAAAUUCACGUGAGAGAGCCACCUGCCAGGUCCUUGUGACUGGGCACCAUGCCUCUUCCAGAAACUAUGUUCUGCGCUCAGCAGAUCAAAAUCCCCCCGGAGCUUCCUGAUAUUCUGAAGCAAUUUACUAAAGCUGCUAUUAGGACUCAGCCUUAUGACGUUUUGCAGUGGGCAGCUGCGUAUUUUUCAGCCUUGUCUAAAGGUGAACCCCUCCCUGUGAAGGAGAGGCUCGAAAUGCCUUUAACAGCAAAGAAAAAAAAUGCUGGUUUGACCCCAGGACUCCUUAAGGUCUUGCACAAACAGCUUUCUUCCAAAGGCACGGUGACCGUUGCAGAGCUGAGGGAAAAAUGGAAGCAUUUGGGCUUGCCAGAGGUGCAGCUGGGAGCUAUCCUGCAGCUGGGCAGUUUUGACGAGGAGGUGGAAUGGAUGAAGUUUCUGGCACUUGGGUGCAGCGUGCUUGGUGGGUCCUUACUGAGUUCAAUGAAACAUGCCUGUGAGAUCCUAACAAGAGACCCAGAAGGUGGAGCUGCUCGAAUUCCCUUCGAAACAUUCUCAUUCCUUUAUUUGUAUUUGGCCAGUAUUGAUGGAGAGAUAUCAAAGGCAGAAACUGAAACAUUCCUCCUAGGAAUUCAAGAACAAGCGAACAAACACUCUGGCAUGGUGCUGAUCAGACACUUCCUGCCAUACUCCUUCAUAUUUUAUUGAUCAACCCUACUCUUCAGCAUGAGUCCACAGGAUGGGAUGUCUUCCUAGUUACUGAUGGAAGGAAAUGCACCUGCUGUUCAGCAAUAUUCCAAGUGUCCUUGGUGCCUCCCCCCAGCUUCUGUGGAGAGCUACAGUCUCAUCACUUUGCCAGAUUAUAUUGCUCCAAAUUUUCUUCGAGCAUGAGCCUGGGAACACUAACUUUUGUGUUACUGUCCAUUUAGUAGUUGAAAUAUAAUUUAGUAGUUGAAGAUGUUUUAUCUUGUUGGAGAACUCUGAAAUCUGCCCUCUGGUACAUGCUGUAAGUAGGCAACGUCACCUAGAGGUAACACUUAGGUAGAAGGGAGAGCUCUCUUCAUGCCUUCCCUGUUUGUAACUGAUCUGGACUCCAGGGAUUAGCUCUGUUCUAUAUCCACUACCUAGGAGCCAGGAAGGCCAGUAAGUACAACUUCUCAUAAAUUUUAUUCUUCAGCCUUGUCAGAAUAACUCAAAUGCAUGAAAGAUCAAUAUAAUUUAUUAACAGAUGUAUAAAUGGUACAGAUUUACACAUUAUCUGAAAUAUACUGCUUCCAUCCUGACACACCUUAGCACUUUUUUGUCUCCAAGCAGCACAGGUGCGGUGUAAUACCAAUAUUUAUGUGCACACCUUUACUGUCUUGGGCAAAACAGCAAUAACAAUAGUUCUUGUGGAAGUUAUGUUUUGAACAGCUGAUGAACAAAAUCAUCAGGUUUUUGUUUCUACUUUCUUCUUUUAUGGUUGUGAUACUUGUCUUCAUCCCUGAAACAAAAACAUAAACAUUGUGUGAGCUGUUAGGCUCAGAAUGAGAGUCUGAAGAGAAAAAAACAACUUGGAAAAUGGAAAGCUCUCAUUAAAUGAAGUCAUGUACUCUUCUAAGGAAAGAAAGUACACUGCUUUUAGACAGUUUAUUUUCCAUGCUGCUUUAAUCAAGCCUUGUCAUGCAGUGCCAGAGUGGCAAUUAGCUUAGGAUGAAUGGCAUCAUGGUGUAAUGAAGCCAGCUUUGAGACAAGCGAUCAUUGCCACCCACAUAACUUAUGCAAUGCAUUUACCCAAACACGAGGGGCAAGGCAGCCUUUCUUCUACAUAACAGUCCUCAUGUCUGCUCAAACACAGGUCCCACACACCUGUGGUCCUGCAGAUGUAAAUAUAUCCUUAUUGAUAGUAUUGGAAGUGUGGCCUAGAUUUGUUCUUUUGCUAAACUGUAUAUCCAGAAGUACUGAAGAGCAACAGCAUUGUUUUGAAGCAUCUAUUAUGUGUGCAUAUUAGUGAAAAAAUUAUACUAUUUAUUAAGGUCUAGAGCAAACUAGAGCAGAAAUCAGCAUUAGACAUGACAGGCACUUAGUUGUGGAUGAGAAAUAUACUGUCCAUUUAACCAUGUUGAUCAAGGAGUAAAAUCAACAGCCUGUUACAGUACUGUUGCAGUCCAGCAGCAUGCUGCAGAAAGUGACGCUUUUCAGAUGUGACAGUAAAUUCUGAAGUCUGGAUCACAGUUUAUGAUCUCACAGCAUGUUUUAUUCAGUAUUUGUAGCCUCAUGCCACUGGCUUGUCAUACUGCACGAGGUUAGCCUCGCUUUUUAAUUGGACUAGAUAUUCUCAGCCUCUGCACUGAAUUCUCACAGCAAAUGGCUACAGCUGCCUGACUCGGAAGCAGGAGUCAGCUGUCACUUUCUGCUCACCUCUCUCUCUUUCUCCGAGAGUCUCUGUCUCUGCCUCUCUCACGACUCCUUCUUCGUUUGCUUGGACUCCUGCUGGUGUCUCUCCUGUGUCUCGUGCACUCCGUAUCCUUGCUGCUUCCUCCAGACUGCCGUGAGUCCACUGAAGCUGAGCGCCUGUCUUCCCUUCUGAAAAGUGAUUUAAAAUUUAAGUGAUUUUAAUCAAUAAAAACAGUUUCACAGUC